AUGGAGCACACCCCUGGUGCGCUUAACCUUGGCCAGACGACGGCAACACGCAUUUACUGCGGAUUCUUCAUAGUCUACUUCACAAGUCCUGUCUUCAUAGCGCCGUUGGCAGAUAAUCAUCUGGGCCAAUACAAAACUUUGCUGAUCAGCUUGACGGUAUAUGCCGUGGGAUGUCUUGCACUGGUCGUCAGCUCGCUACCCUCCAUGCUCGGUCGAGGCGCGGGUCUGCCUGGUCUGAUCAUUGCAAUGGUCCUGAUAGCCCUUGGUGGGGGUGGUACCCAGGCCAUCAUGAGGUCUUUCAUCGCCAACCAGUACACAGAUAGAGCUCCACGAGAAAUGACGCUUUGCGGAACGCAGAACCGUUUGCUUCAAUGGCUGAGGAGACGCGUGGCGCGAACGUGUCUUUCGAAGUACUUACCAGCGUCGUCGAAAGGCGAACGGGUCGUCGUUGACAGCGAAAUCACUCUAAAGUUCAUUUACAAUCUAUACUUCUGGAUUGGUAACGUAGGAGCUUUGUCGGCAUUUCCGUGUGUCUACAUUGAGAGGCAUCAUGACUUCGCUCCUUCGUAUGCGUUGGGUCUUGGCUGUAUCAUCAUCGCCCUUGGGAUGCUGGUCUUCGGAAGGAAGUGUUUCGUCAACCCACCUCAGGAGGCAGAUGUCAUUGUACCUGCUGCGAAAGUUCUCAGCUGCGCCGUCCGCAACGGGUGCCGGAUGGAUCGCGCAGACCCAGCGUAUCAGCGCCUGGAGAAAUCCAAGGAAGUUCCAUGGAGUAGCCAGUUCGUCGACGAACUGACACGUGCGUUAGGCGCUUGUCGCGUGCUCCUGGCAUUCAUCGUCUUCUACAUCUGCUUCGACCAAAUGCAGAACAACUUGAUCUCUCAAGCGAGCGAUAUGGAUACUGGUAGUACACCCAACGAUGUCCUUCCCGGCAUGAACCAAGUGGCAUGCAUUAUAGUCAGUCCGUUUGUGGAGUACGUCCUCAACCCCAUGCUAGCCAAGCGGCGCAUAUAUCUGAAGCCAGUCACUCGCAUUGCCAUUGGCUUUUGCUUCGUCGUACUCUCGAUGCUGCACGCAACUCUAGUGCAGCAUUACAUUUAUGCAUCCCCGCCCUGCUUCGACCACCCAACAGACUGCGGAGACCGCCAAUCUGUCGCACAAGAUCGGCCUAAUGUUUGGGUACAAGCGCCGCUUUAUUUUCUCAUAGCGACGGGCGAGGUUUUCGCCAUGACGACAGCCAUGGAAUACGCAGAGAAGCACGCACCCAAGGAGAUGAAAGUGUUCGUACAGGCCAUCAACAUGCUCAUUACGGGGAUAGGCUCUGCUAUCGCGCUAGUCAUCGCGGAAGGGGCGCGCGAUCCAUACCUUACUCGAUUCUACGGUAGUCUGGCCGGAGCCAUGGCCCUCACAACCAUCAUUUUCUACGUGGUGUUCCGCAACAACGAUGAUGACGACGUUACCUCAUCGUUGCACGGUUCCGCAGACGUGGAAAAGGGAAACAGAGACGCCACGCCUACACCACCCCUGACAGCUUCACCGUUUCGAUCACGCGAAUCCUACCUGAGCGUUCCCACGACGAUUAAAGACGAGGGCAUCGAAUUAAGAGUGAUUCCACCUUGCAGACUACGACAAUAA